AGCCCCAAAAACCAAGGCAAAUCGCGAUGGACAAGGAUCAGAAAUCAUCGCUGCUUCCGAUGAAGCUGUGGGAGCGCAUUUUUCGCCGUUUGACUCCUCUUAAGUUGCUGCGGGCUCGUGCAGUUUUUUGUUUGCUCCGUAAUGUUAUUACCAGCGACGAAGUGUAUGGCAGCGCGAUCAAGAUUGUUCAGGCCCAGCAAAACACCCUGGAAAGUCUGGAACUCUGCAAUGGUCAUUUCCGGGAAGCGCUCUGUGGGAUGGAAAAGUUGCGCCUCAAAUGGUUGUCAUGCUUCAUUGAUUUCAAGUCGGAUCAGCAUUGGGACAUAUUCUGUCGCAAACAACAGCAACUAGAAAAAUUGCUGAUUAUGGUGAAGGACUACUCGACGAUCUGCGAUGUCGCCCAAAAACUGCCCAACCAGAAGAAGCUGCCGUUGGACAUUUUUAGCGGUUCGAUCGCGAAGGCCGAUUUCCUAAACGAAAUGCCGAACCUGGAGAAAAUCGACAUCAACGGUCACCUUAACGGAUUGGACUUUCGUUCGGCGGCUAGUCCCAAGUUGACGCUGUUCCACAUGGUAAAUGCAACGGCCAAAAAGCUGGUUCAGUACCUGCAAAAAUCUCCCAAUCUCAGCGUGCUCAACAUACACGAGUGCGUCCUAAUCGGUGAUUCUGAACAUCCGGCAAGGUUCCAAAACCUCAAAGAGCUGGUCUUGUCCAAGUGCAAGCUACCCCCGAACGUGCUGAUGGCCCUGUGUUGCCAGAAUCCCCAGCUGGAGCAACUCCAAAUCCGUUUCUUGUCAACCCUCACCGAUGAGAGGUUUCUGAAGAUCUGCAAAGAGCUGCCACGCCUGCGGUUCUUGGCCCUGGUUAGCUGUGAUCUGCUCACCGUUGGGGACUACAUCAUCCAGCACUGUGGCUCGCUAGAGAUGCUGAAAAUCAGCGGCUUUACCCUGUCUGAGGGGGCACUCGCGGAGCUGCGCGAAAGACACGUGCGCAUGAAGCGCUGGUUCUGGCCGUACCCGUUCGAUCCCGUUGGUGGAUUUGCUCAAGCAGAGCGUUGAAUUUGAAUUGAUCUUAUGUUUUUAUUCUAAAGUUGAACUUGCUUAGCACUAAAAAUUAUCUUUGAAAUAAAAUUGACGUACCUUUUCUAAACAAAAAUAAAAUUAAGCGCUGAAUU